AGAAAGAUAACGUGAUGAUAAAUGACUGUGUGCUUGUAUCUUUGCACGGGCACACGUGAAUGAAAGGCUUUUAAAGCGAUCUCCCGUCUUCAUAUCAACCUUACGAUUUCAUAUUUUUAUUCUAAUACCCGAACGCAAUGCUGCUUACAAUCCCUCCCCCAACAUACAGUCUUAUGUCUGCAUCUGUAACUUGCUUAGUGCAGAUCGUCUGUGUACGUCGCCUUGAGUACAGACGUCUGCCAUCUAAGUGAAAAGUAGUUUAGACUUUGAUUUUUCAGAGAAGACCAGGGUGACAAAACAGGCUACUAACUCAAACAUGUACGUUGUGGCUCCUCAGAUUAUUCACCAAGGGUACAAAAGGGGAGCGGAAACCUAGUGCUGCGAUAUCCGUGGAUUUAGGCCGUCGUUCUAAGCUGAUCAACGGCAGGGCUUGAAGCCUGCAGCCUUGCACACAGCAGACCUACAGUUCAAGAGAGAGAGAAAAAAAGUCAAUUGCAUUUACAUGAAAGAUGAUGGAAAUUCAGGGGUCAGGAGUCGUUUAGUAUAAGUCACUUGAAUACACGUGCCUCUCUUACCGUCCGCCACCUGUUGAAGAAGAUGUCUUCGAUCAUUUAAUUCAGGUAACUGAAGUUUUUAAAGAAAUCUACUUUGUAGCGGCAAAUAGGUAGUCAUUCUUCAUUUCGCCUUUUCAAGGUUUCUGGAAGCAGUUAGGGAAUGUAUGAUGAAGCAGAAAUGAGCCGUCAGGAUGAUAUUUUAAUGGCUUAUAUGUCACGUCGGUGCAUGCGGCUUUGAACUCAAGCAGCCUGCGUUUCCUGCGGAGAACGCCGCAAAUCCCACUUGAUAACUUCUACCAUCCUUCAAAUUUAAAAAUCAGUCCUUCUUUGUAUAUUGGGAGAAGUAGUCUAAAGAUAAUGCUAUGGGAAACGUUUACUUUUCAUACUCCUAAAGUGUCCCUUUAGAAUUUGCACACUCAAUGAGCAGUAAAUCUUUUUGAAUCAAAUUGCUCCAGCUUCUGCUUCUAGACUGCUGUGAUUUUAAUAUCAAUGUUAUCAGUAUAUUGCAUCAUUUAAAGUAACGCUAUGAGGCUAGCUAUUGUAAUCACCCAGCAAGACAAUAUUAUGUUCUACUUAAAUCUUUAAGAACGCAGGAUAUCCAGAUAUCCAACCAAAGCAGACAAAUAAGAUUUCUUUUUGUGCACAAAUAUGGGACCUAUCGCGUCAGAAUAGUCAGUUUAACCACAAUUAGUAUCUUCUCAUAAGGCAAUUUUAGACCAUGAAAGUACCUUAAAAAUUACACUAAUACCCUAUUCAAUACCCACACCGGCCUCGUGCGUUCGGCAAAGUAAGCACGUAGCCUCAAAUUGUUGUAAAUUGGAAACCCAAGUGGCAUGCAUUUUAAUUUGUUUUUGGUAUAAGCUCUUAGUGCGAACCUUGUCGUCAGGUUCGUACCCCGUAAUGAUAAACAUGCUUCCUUGAGCAACAGCGCUACUGUAAAAUAUCUAUAGAACUUUGCUGCCGAAUAACGUCCUAAGGUGGUCAAUUAAACGCUGGGCUUUCGCAUACUCCAAUACCUUCGCGCGAAAUAUUUUGUUCGAACUUAACCUGUUGUACUUUAACAGUAAAUACUUUUUUUUUAAAGUGUUUGUUUGAAAAAAAAAGCGAGCAAACGUGUUCGUGUAAACUGGGUAAUCACAAAACUGAAUUGGAAAGAGCAUAGAUUGGAAGAAAUAAGACAAGUAUGUGAAAGCAGUGCCCUUCCAAAGUGAUGGUUUGCUAACGGAGAUAAUAGUUAAAGGAUGCGACGAUGCUUCUGGACGCUGGACCUCAAUAUCCUACUCUAGGAGUGACUACCUUCGGAUCAUCCCGACAUCACUCAACAGGCGAUGUCAACGACCGAGAAGUGGGACUGGGGAUAAAUCCUUUCGCUGACGGGAUGGGUGCUUUUAAAAUCAGCCCCAGCACUCACGAUCUCGCAUCGGGUCAAACUGCCUUCACGUCGCAGGCACCAGGCUACGCCGCGGCUCUGGGUCACCACCCCGGCCAUGUGGGUUCGUACAGCAGCGCUGCUUUCAACUCGACCCGGGACUUCUUGUUUCGCAAUCGGGGCUUUGGGGAAGCGGCGGCGGCAAGUGCCGGUCACAGCCUCUUCGCUUCGGCCGCGGCUGCGGGCAGUUUUGCCGGACCCCAUGGACAUACCGACGCUGCGGGGCAUCUACUCUUCCCGGGGCUUCACGAGCAGGCGACGACCCACGCUUCUCCAAAUGCACAUGUAAUGAACGGGCAAAUGCGCUUAGGCUUUUCUGGGGACAUGUAUGGCAGAGCAGACCAAUACAGCCAGGUCACUAGUCCCAGAUCGGACCACUACGCCUCGACCCAGCUACACAGUUAUGGUCCCAUGAACAUGAACAUGGCGGCCCACCAUGGGGCCGGGGCCUUCUUUCGAUAUAUGAGGCAGCCCAUAAAGCAAGAACUGAUAUGUAAAUGGAUAGAGCCCGAACAGUUGACGAAUCCUAAAAAAUCAUGCAACAAAACUUUUAGCACGAUGCACGAACUAGUUACACACGUAACUGUGGAACACGUAGGGGGACCAGAACAGUCGAACCAUAUCUGCUUCUGGGAAGAGUGUUCAAGAGAGGGAAAGCCUUUCAAAGCCAAAUAUAAACUUGUAAAUCACAUCAGAGUCCACACUGGCGAGAAACCUUUUCCCUGUCCAUUCCCCGGCUGCGGCAAAGUCUUUGCUCGAUCAGAAAAUCUCAAGAUCCACAAAAGAACUCACACAGGGGAGAAGCCAUUCAAAUGUGAGUUCGAAGGGUGCGACAGGCGUUUUGCUAACAGCAGCGAUCGCAAAAAGCACAUGCACGUGCACACUUCUGACAAGCCGUACCUCUGCAAAAUGUGUGACAAGUCCUACACUCAUCCCAGCUCUCUGCGAAAACACAUGAAGGUCCACGAAGCAGCCUCUCAAGCGUCACAGCCUUCUCCUGCGGCAAGUUCUGGCUACGAAUCCUCAACACCCCCUACCAUCGUGUCGCCCUCUACAGAAAACCAGACCAACAGUUCAAUGUCCCCGACAUCAUCUGCAGUUCACCACCACACAUCCAACCACAGCACGCUCUCAUCGAACUUUAACGAAUGGUACGUUUAAGUAAACCUACAUAAAAAUACAAAAAAAAACUUUUCAAAAAAGACUCCAAAGUUACGAUCGCGAGGAAUCAAAGACAAAAAAAGCUGCCAAUAGACGCCGAAAGGAAUAAUAAAAGAAGAAAUCAAAACCUUUCAAAGGUUUAGUAGCGAAUCUUAAAAUGCAUGUAGGACGAUGCUAUUUCUCUAGCCAUUGCCAAGUGCUAGAUAUAGAGAACGAUCUGAUAAAGCUCUGAAAUUGCAUGUGUUCUAUGGCAGCGGUCUUUUUUCUUUCCUUUUUGUAAAUAUAGAUUUACUAGUUUAAGAGUCUAAUGUUUGAAUCCUGUACAUAGACAUAUCACAGGGGAUUUGUCAACGUGGUAUUUGCAUAUCUGGGCGACGGUUGGAAAAAAUGCAAUUAUUUGUUUAUGGAUGGCAAAAAGUUACUAUAGUCGAUGUGUACCAAAAUGUGAAUUACUUUGUAUUUGUCUCAACUGAGCGUCAGAAAGUUAGCAGAUACUAUUGUUAUUAAUGUGCUUUUUGUAUCCAGUGCAAACCUUUCGUCCCAAAGUCUAGUCAGAGUAGUGAAGUGUUCAAAGUGUUGCUUGUUAUGUCAAAAAAAUAUCGUAGUGCAAGCUUGGAACCCCGUGUUAAAAUGUAACUUUGUUUUAUGUAAGACUUGAUAUUAAAGCAAGAUAAGAAAUUUAUCUGUCCAUUGCCUUCGCAGUUGCGAUAAAUUUAUGUAUAUAUUCCCAAUCUCCAUAUUUAUCCGCAUGUACGUAAAUUACCGGUAUUACGUGUUACAGAUAUUCGAUAUUUAUGAAAAAUGCAUUCGUAUGUAAGACCUAGUUUACAAACUGUUCCAUAACAUUUCGUACAAUAUUAAAGAUUCCAAAAUCCAA